AUGGGAGACAACAUAACAAUUGCCAAACAGAAGUCGUCGACGACACCACAAAGCAGGACAAUUGUAAAACCCAAUUACAUAACCCUAAAGAAAGAUGUGAAAAGAGAAAAAAUACCUGUCGUAAGAAGAGUUAGAAGGAAGAAACACAGAAACCGGGAGUUGGAGAGGAAGAUGAUCGGAAAGGAACUCAGAGAAAAGCACGUGGAAAGUGAAGGAUUGCUGGAUCUAUAUGCACAACCCGGUACUAAAACACUAAUUUCGAACGUAUUUCAUCCUCUGCCGAUUGCUGUAUCAUUCGCUCAAUCGAUCCUGUUUAAUCAGGGCUGA